AUGUUUUCUUUUCCAUCUUUUUCCACAAUUCUCAUACUUUUCCUCACCAAAAUCCCAUCUUUCCCCUCACAACCCACCCCAUUUUCCUCAAGACUUCUUGAUUCCACCCUCCAAGACCAUGCAUUCCAAUCAUUUCCCCAUCACCGGUCCAAAACCGGCACCAUUUACACCGGCAAUGUACCGGUUAAUCUAACCGGCAUUACCAUUUCUGCCCUUAGGUUAAGAAGUGGUAGUUUAAGAAAAAGAGGGUAUAAUGGGUAUAAAGAGUUUAAUAUCCCAAAGGGUAUUGUUGAAAAUCCUUAUGUUAAGAGGGUUAUUUUGGUCUAUCAUAAUUUGGGUAAUUGGUCACAAGUUUAUUACCCUUUACCCGGGUUUUUGUAUUUAACGCCGGUGGUGGGUUUGUUGGGUUACAAUGCGGAUAAUAUGACGGCGAAAGGGUUGCCGGAGUUGGAUCUCCGGGCGCCGGAGGACCCCAUUGUGAUAAAGUUUGAAACUUUAAAGGUUUUGGGAAAUGGGUAUUCACCGGUUUGUGUUUUCUUUGAUUUAUUUGGUGGGGUUGUGUUUGAUCAUGUGUUGAAUGGGAGUGUUUGUAGUUGUGUGACACAAGGGCAUGUUGGGAUAGUUGUUGAGAGUUCGCCGGCGCCGGUUCCGGCGCCGGCGCCGGAGCAUGUGCCGGAGUAUCCGAUUGCCGGUGGUGAUGGUGGUGGUGGUAGGGGAGGGAGGAAUAGGGGGUGGUGGGUUGGUGGGUCGGUGGCCGGUGGGGUUUUGUUGGCAGCGUUGGUUGUGGUGUUGGUGUUGUGGGUGAGGUGGUGUAGGGGGACUAAGAGGAUUGAGAAAAUGACGGUCGCGGCGGAUCACGGUGUUCCGUUGGCGGUCGCCGCUGUCGGGAGGGCGGAGGUCCCGGUGGCGAUGAGCACUCGGACUAAACCAAUUUUGGAGAAUAAUGUCCCGCUUGCGGUGUGCACAUAUAAUGUAUAUAUAUGUGGGCGGUCGAGGGACAAAAGUGAAAUGAUGUCAUCUGAAAACAACUCCUCUUUUGCUCUCAAGUCCAUACUUGAGAAAGACAAACUGAAUAACACCAAUUUUCUUGAGUGGCACCGCAACUUGAGAAUCGUUCUCAAGAUGGCAAAAAGGCUUUAUGUUUUGGAAACCCCGAUCCCAACCGCACUCGAGAACAACACUGUGGUUGCGAAGAAGGCUUUCGACAAACAUAAAGAAGAUGCCAUGGAAGUUGCUUGCCUCAUGUAA